UUCUGUACCUGGUUCUGCAUGUCUCGAAGGUGUGCCAUCCUCUCUGCCGGUUGGACGGGACCGGGACAGCCACAGCUCUGUCUUUCCGAGGUUACCGAAUGGUCCUUUCGGGUGUUUCCUCCCCUCUUAGCCGUCUAGGAAGCUAGCUAGGUGGCUAGCCAACUAGAUAAACACCCAGUCUGCUGGCUUUAACGGGGCUGUCACUCCGCGCUCUGUUUUCGGCCUCCGAGUCCAACGGAGGACUGAGUGUGCCGGCGAGACAACAAGCUGUUAACCGAGAGACUCCAUUUGUGACGAACAAGAAGAUUAAAUGCUCCCUGCGUCUAUAAAUAUUUAAUUCAUUUCAAGGAACGCUUAGCCUGUUGUUCAUUUGAAGCUUGAGGAGGACAAAAUAAUGGCCCAGCCGGAGGACGCAUGCGCAGUGGGAUCGAAGGAGGUGGAAUUGUGGGAGGUGUAUUUCUAAACUGUCAAUCCAAAAUAACUGAAGAAAAAGUUACAUUUAGUUGCUGCCGCAGACAUUCAUGAUUUAAUAUACCUAAUACUUUAAGUGAAUCUACUCAUGGUAUUAAGUACCCUUUUAAGGCCAGAUGAGUGGGCCAUACACUUCCCCCUCUGCAGAGGUGGCAGAGAUGAGCCGCAUCCAUUAUGAGUUGGAGUACACAGAGGGUAUCAGCCAGAGGAUGCGAAUCCCUGAUACCCUCAAGGUGGCUUCUGGGAACCAUUCAGAGUCCCUACAAUUUCAGCAGCCCCUGCCCAUUCACACAACCAUGAUGCAGGUGCCAGAGAGGAUCAUCGUAGCAGGUGAUGAUGGCGACUCAGAAUUUUCUCGUCCUCGAGACUUGGAUCUGAUCCAAUCAAUCCCUCCCAUGGACCUCCUGAACAUGAAGGCCCCCCCACGUAUCCUCACUCUUGCGGAGCAGCCACUGGACUCUAUGGAAACUGAACAAACUGCCGCUUCUCAUAGCAAUCCCAGCCAGGCGGCUCACUUUCACUCCCGCUCUCGGAGGGAACGCAGUGCGAGUGAGAACAUUCAUGGCCGCCACAGCAGUCAUAGAGGUGAUGUGAGUGUAACCCCUUCCCCUUCUGCCCCCCCAGUCCGGUUGUGUCCCCCCCUCUGUUCCCCUGAGGAUGCGCAAAUCCACAUGUUUACAGCUGCCGGCUUCAUGUCUUACAUCCAGUCGACGACACGCCGGGCAUACCAGCAGGUCAUCGAGGUGCUGGACGACACUCCCCGCAGGUCUCACCUGGAGCUGGCUCUGGAUACAAACCCUGAUGAGUCUGGCCUAAUGGACGCCUCGUCACUGCGGCGGCAGAUUGUGAAGUUGAACCGGCGCCUGCAGCUGCUGGAGGAGGAAAACAAAGAGCGCUCCAAGCGAGAGGUGAUCCUGUACUCUGCUACGGUGACAUUCUGGCUCAUCAACACCUGGAUCUGGCUCCGGCGCUGAGAUUUGGACCAGACUGAGUCCCCAAAAUACUGGAAGCCAAAGCAAUUCCUUGUUAAAUGUGCAACCAUUGAAAUACACUACUAUCAGGAAUACUUUAUUUAUCCCAAACUGGGAAAUAAAAAUGUAAUUAAAAUAAAAUGAAAAAAUUCCCUAGACUUUACUUAACUUAGUCAACCACAGGAAACUACAACAACAUUCGCAAAUGUCCUCCACGAUACAGUACUCGUUCUAAUCCUGCCAAGUUCUAUUUGUGGAUUCCACUUACAAAUUUCAAUCCUAGUGUUUUCAAGAUAUGAUCGGAAGAUGUAUUCACCUGAUAUGCCGUAAAACAGCUCUAUGCUGGCGUAUCCGUUGUGUUUCUAUGGAGGGUAGCUCUGCCACCCGACUAGGUGGCAGAGCUACCCUCGGCGUCUUUUACCACUUGAAAUUGUCACUGUGCUCAAAUUUCAAAUAAUUUUAAGUUUGACCUAGUUACCACUUACCCUUUGAUGCGCAACCAAUCAGAUGAGAGCUGCGAGUAAUGGCGCAAUCUAGCAGAGAACUUAAGAAAACUUAAUUGACUGUUUCACCUCAAAAACUUUGCGCACAACCUUGCGGUGAGCAAAGUGAAAUCGUGUUUCAUUUGAAUGCAGCUUGAGACAGUAUAACAUAACCAAAAUGCAUUCAAAUCAAGAUGUCACACCUUGACAUCUGGCCAUAAAGUAGUUCUUAUUGGGUACAAUACCAUUACAUUUGAAUAUCUUUAAAUAUUCAUGUAUGGAUUUCACUCUUGCUAGAGUCAUUGACACUACAGCUGGAUGUUUUCAAAAUGUUAGCAGCUGCCUCGAUGUGGAGAGCUGAACCAAGCUACAACACAGGUUCCUGUCGUACAAAUAUAAUGUCCAAUGUGAAUCCAUGUUGAAGUUUGAGUCUGAGACUUCCUCCACUUCUCAAAUACUGCACAGAUGUUCACCUAUGUGGGGCUGUACCAGAUAGUUUAAAGCUUCAUUCAUUGUUGUUACAUUAACAUUUUGAAUCUACAUUCGAAUUGCCGAUAAAGAUUAGGCUACACCUGUAUUAUAUUGAAAAGCCUCCCUAACUGUAUGAUUAUUUUGUGCAAAUUCAAGCUAGGUAAAUCCGAUGUAAAAAUGUUACACUGAGGCUUACCAUCAUUUAUUGGUGAGCUCAUACAAAACCUUUUUAGGUUCAGGAGAAAAAUAUUAAGAGGGGAACACAAGGAUUCUAAACGUGUCAUAUUCACAUCUAAGUCUAGAGAUGCCAUAACAUUUACCCUGGAUGUCCUGAACUCCACAUAUGAACGUUUAUGUACAGCCUAUUGAUGUAAAUGUUGUACUUUGUCCUUUGUUUUUUUACUUUGGAUUAUGUAGCUAACAUCUCAACACAAAUAGUUAGGGUGGAGUGCUAAGGCUCAUCUGUGCAGUGAUGUUUCUCCAUGCAAUUUCUACUGUUUAAAGGUUUUUGUAGUUCUUUUUUGUAAAUAAUUUGAGACUUGUGAAUUACCCUAAGUUAUAUAACAGACUAAAAGCAUGGAUUGUGGUUUUAUUCAUUAUACGGUGUGAUAUAAAUCUUAGAGCUACUAUGUGUAUGUGAAUUAAAUGGCAAUGUAUAUAAUAUAAUUUAUCACAUGCAAAAAACAAACUUUUUUUGUUAAACAUACUACUUAAAGCUGGAGUUUAACUUUAAUAUUUAACAUUCUUUGUAAUAUAUGAAUACAUUCAUUGUUUGUUCAUAUAUCUUUUCUGUAAUAAAUGAUGGAUGUCAA